GAGCAAUGACACUCUGAACUCCAGUACUUCAAAAUCUAGCCGUUGCAUUGUCUUAUUCAUUAUCUAUCUUUAAACUCUGCCCACCAAGCUUUCUUCAACAAUAAUGGCAGCUUCAGAUUCAGUGGAUCUAGCAUCUCCAGCUGCGCUGCAUCAGGAAAAAUCAACAAGAAUCACAGAACCAUCAUCUCCUAUCUCCAGCCUGACCUCUGAUAAGCGUUUGUGGAGCUCUCUACGUAGCCGUGUUGACACAAUUCUUGAGAAUCACAGCCCUGUUGAUCGACCUCUUCUUACUCAAUCGAAUGGCGAAAAAUCUGAAAGACUGGACCGAGCAAAGCUGAUGAAAGAGGACGCGUUGCUGUUGCUCAGAGGCUUCGACUCUGUUUCUAGUUCUUUGUCUCAGUUGUCUGCCAAUCUCACAUAUGCUCUUCAGGGAGCAAGGGAUCUUAGUAGACCGCCUACAUUAUUUGAACUAGUUCAUAGCACCCUGGAGAACACAGAUUCUAAAGAGGAACAAUCAAGCGAUGACCAAGAAGAAGAGAAAGAGAUUAAAGGAAGUAGUAGAGGAUUAAAAAGAAAAAUGGAUUCGCAAGAAGGUGCUGAGAACGAAGGAGAGGAUAAUACAGUCAUAGACGAUGAGCAAAGUCUUGAAGAAUCGGGGAAGCUCAAGAAAUGCAAGAAUAUUGCAAAUUCCAUGGCUGAUAAAGCUGCCUCUCUGGCAAGAGAGCUAAGAUCAGUGAAAUCCGAUCUGUGUUUCAUGCAACAACGGUGUGCUCUUCUAGAGGCGGAAAAUGGAAGAUUCAGGGAUGGAUAUACAGAAGGAAUUCGGCCUGAGGAAGAUGAUCUGAUGAGGCUACAGAUGGAGGCACUUCUCGCUGAGAAAUCCAGAUUGGCAACUGAAAACGCAAACUUAACUAGGGAGAACGAAUGCCUUAAUCAGCUCGUCGAGUACCACCAGCUCACCUCCCAGAGCCUCUCAGAAUCUUGUGAACAUGACAAAUCAAGGGGUUUGUGUUUAGACUUUUCAUCUCCCCCUACCAGCCAUUCUGGAGGGAAGUGAAGAUAUAGAGAGAUCGCGAUGAGGCAAAUGUACUGGUAGAUUGAAUUGAAGAGUAGAGAUGUUGCUAUAAGGUUCCAAUUGAUAUUUUGUUGAGCUUACAGUGUAAAAUGACUUCAGAAAUAUUUGGAUCUCCCCUUGACAAAGCUAUAAAUUAACUGUUGUUGGGUUUU